GAGGUCAGGACCUGUCAGGAAAUUGUACAUUUAGCAUUCUGAUGCAUCAACCCACACAAAACUCUGACUGAGUCAUAGAUCAGAGCUGGAAGAGACCACAAGGGCCAUCCAGGCCUUAACCAUUACUUCCCAAUGGGCUUCUUUCUGCCUCCUCUUGUGUUGGCCUCUUGCCUAACCUGCCUGAUGAUCCUGGGUGUCUCCAGCCAAACGGCCAACAGCUACAGGGACAUCACCAUCCCCUUUGAGGUUCUGGAUCAAGAGAAAGCUUACAGCCUUAUCCAGCCUGGCAUUCUGCUGGACCCCAGAGGUACCUCCAACCAAUCAAGGGACCCUGGAGAUGCCGUCACACAGGGCCCACAGCCAUCAGUUAUGUGUGCCAAGCCAACCGAGAUCCGGCAAGCCUUCAAGUACAUCAACACUUUUGUGUCCUGCACUAUCUUUAUGGUGGGCAUCAUUGGCAACUCUACCCUGCUGAGAAUCAUCUACAAGAACAAAUGCAUGAGGAAUGGACCAAAUGUCCUCAUUGCCAGCCUGGCACUUGGGGACCUUCUCUACAUCCUCAUUGGCUUGCCCAUCAAUGUGUACAAGCUCCUUGCAGAAGACUGGCCUUUUGGUGUGCAGGUGUGCAAACUGGUGCCGUUCAUCCAGAAGGCCUCUGUGGGCAUCACUGUUCUCAGCCUCUGUGCUCUCAGCAUAGACAGAUACCGAGCGGUGGCCUCCUGGAGCCGGAUCCAAGGGAUUGGGAUUCCCAUGUGGAAGGCAGUUGAGGUGACCCUCAUCUGGGCAGUGGCCAUCAUUUUAGCCAUCCCUGAAGCCAUAGCCUUUGAUCUGGUGAACCUGAAUUACCGUGAACAGAUGCACUGGGUCUGCAUGCUGGCCCCCGAACAGAAAUCCAGCUUCAUGAUGUUCUACAAGGAUGUGAAAGACUGGUGGCUUUUCGGCUUCUAUUUCUGCCUGCCUUUGGCCUGCACAGGGGUCUUCUACUCCCUGAUGUCAUGUGAGAUGCUGAGCAAGAGGAACGGCAUGAGGAUCGCACUCAAUGACCACAUGAAGCGGCGACGAGAAGUUGCCAAGACUGUCUUCUGUUUGGUGAUGAUCUUUGCUCUCUGCUGGCUACCUCUUCACUUGAGUAGGAUAUUGAAGAAGACCAUCUACAACCCACAGGAUGUUGAUAGAUGUGAGCUGCUUAGCUUCCUUCUGGUCAUGGACUACUUUGGCAUCAACAUGGCCUCACUCAACUCCUGCAUUAAUCCUGUGGCGCUCUACUUUGUCAGCCGGAAAUUUAAGAAUUGUUUUCAGUCUUGUCUUUGCUGCUGGUGCCAAAGACCAGCCCUUGGCAUUGUACCGACAGACGACAAAGGCUCUGUUGGGAAGUGGAAAGCCAAUGGGCAGGAACUGGGCCUCGACCGGAGCAGUUCCCACUUGAGCAACAAGUACAGUUCUUCUUAGACCCAUGGAUAAAUAAGACCUGGAGCACUUGGGACCAUGGAGAUGACUGUUGUGUCCAGACCGUUGGUCUCCUGCAAUUUUUCUUGACCUCCUCUGCUUUAUUUGCCUUCUUUCGCUAGCACCUGAUUUUUCCAGCAGCAACCCUUUGAAGACUUGCUGCUCAUUAGACAUUCUUUGCCUCGUAUUGAUGCUUUAAUUCCCCCCUCCCAAGAAUAAGCUUUCCCCCUGAACAGCUGAGCAUCUUAUAAGAUUCCUUUGGAUGGGGUGAGAAUAGAAUGGCCCUCCAGAUGGAAUUGGAUGGCAACUCCAAUUCCAUCAGCAUAGCCAAUGAUUAGGAGUGAUGGAGCUGCAAUAUCUGGAGAACUGCACAAUUCACUCCCCUACUCUAGAACAAUUUAAGAUUGCUAGUUUUGGCUCCAGGUUUCUCCCCUAUUCAAAUAUAGACAUUAUCCAGAUGCCCUUCCUCCCUCACAGGGAGUAUAAGGGUGUAAAGAUAUGGACAUCAGAAGUCAAGUGAUGGAGAGAGCGGGGUUGAGAGAAAAACAGAACAAAGAUUAAAACCUGCAAGUUGGCCAUUGCUUCUUUGUUCCAGAAUGGAUACCUGAGGCACAU